UUUGCAACUGGCCAUUGUUAAAGUGUUGCACAAUCAACAGAUAAAUUCAAUGUUAGUUCAUAUAUAUAUCCUUGUACAAUUCGGCUUAUCUGAGCUUGAAUUUGAGUAAGCAUCUCCCACUUUAGCCGACCUGAGAUUCCUCAAGAGCCGACAGAGCUCGCCGUAAUUCUAGUUUUAGUUUACUACGCAUGGUAAACUACACUCGGUUGUAAGUGUGACCGCCUAUGAACGAGUUUCUCUGAUAUAGCUAAGGUUCGAGAUUAUAUUAGGUGGGAAUAUAUCUUGACCGGCUUUUAGCUUCACUGGCACACUGCAAUUCGAAGUCUUGUACUACUGCAUUAAUGUAAUGUAGUCUCGUCAUAAUUCAAAUUCGUCUUUUAAGCAAUUUUGUUUAGGUUCGUUAAUCUGGGAGACGAUCUGGACAAAUUCUUCCCAGUCAUUUUAUGGGAGCUAGAAGGCAGAUGGUGGCUUUGCCAAUAUAGCCGCUUGAUUAGAUGUGUUUGAGUUUCUUUAAAAAUACUGCAAUAAUUAUUAAUUCUAACAUAACUCGCCACCUCUCUGUAAACUCAUAAAUUGUAAAGCAAGAAUUAAUUCUAAUCUGGAACCUUUUUGCUGUAAACAUGGUUUUCGAUGUUCAUGAUUUCAUAGCCAACCCUUCAGUGGAAAUCUUAAACUCGGCAAAUCCUUGUAAAGAUGAUUUCAUAUACAUGGCUAGACACUGGGGAAUCAAUUAUCAGAAAGAGGCCACUAAAGCUCAACUUAAAGAUCUUAUAAUAGAACAUUUGCAAGAGCUGCAUGAACCACAGGCUUAUCCUCUUGAAAAUAUUGACCUUGAUACUAGUAAUCCUUCACAAUUACUAGAAAUAGAGAAAUUAAGAUUUCAAAUAACACAAGCUAAGAUUUUAAGUGAGGAAAGACUAUCUAGAGCUAGAGAAGAAGAGCGUGAGAGAGAGAGACAGUUUCAAAGGGAAAGAGAAGAAAACCAAAGAAGACAUGAACUUCAAAUGAUGGAAAUGAAAGUAAAAAGUCAAGGGAAUUUUGAUUUUGAGAUUAGUAAAUGUAUAAAGCUAACUCCUGUAUUUGCAGAAGAUAAUCCUGAGGGUUUCUUUAGAGAGUUUGAGACCAUAGCCAAACAUUUUAAGUGGCCUGAGGAACACUGGGUUUGGUUAAUAAAGCCAAAACUGUCAGGUAAAGCUCUGAAAGUAUGUGAAAAUCUUAAUGAUAAUACUGAUUAUGAAGAAGUAAAAUGUGCUAUUCUAGCUGCUUAUUCCAUAACCACUGAAGGAUAUCGGCAGGCUUUCAGGAACAUGAACAAAUCUUCCAGCCAAACGUAUGUUGAAUUUGCCUCAGAGAAGCUUAGAGCUUUUAGACGGUGGAUAAAGUCUGCUUCAGUCAAUAAUUUCGAUCACCUUUGCAACCUCGUAGUUUUAGAGGAAUUCAAAAGAAAGGUUCCAUAUUCUGUUAUGAUUCACCUCACAGACAAGGAGGAAAAUGACCUCCACGAAGCAGCCAAGGCAGCAGAUGUGUUUUCUUUAGUCCAUCGUAGUAUACCGGGGGAGAAAAGAAAAGCAAAUAUUGUAAAGUCAUCUGUAGGUUUCAAAUAUAUGGAGAAUAAUAGCAGUGGACAGUAUCGGCCUAAUACCCAGAUAUCUACCCUGUACUGUAAAUUUUGCAAAAAGGAGGGUCAUUUAAUUAAAAACUGCCCACAUCCAAAAUGUAAGGUGGCAAAAGAAGCAAAAGAUUACAAUUUUACAAAACCUGUGGCUACUACUAACUUUACUAAUAAACUGUUUCAGGAAGAUCCAUUUAAAGCAUUCCGAUCAAGGGGUCACGUGUUCAGCAAUUCGGGUGGUAAUAGAUAUCCAAUAGAUAUUGUCAGAGACACGGCUUGCGCACAAUCACUCGUACUGAAGAGUGCUCUGCCAGAUAUUGAAAGCUGCUUAACAGGUGAGAAAGUCUGGCUUGAGUUUAUUGAAGGAUGUGCUCCUAAACAGCUUGCUGAAAUCCACUUGGAUUGUGAUAUGGUAAAAGGACCAGUAACGGUUGGUGUUGUAGAUAAAAUACCGAUUCCUAAUGCAAGUUUUCUCAUGGGUAAUGACUUAGCUGGGGACUUAAUAAUACCAGAAUUAAGAGUAACUGACACCCCUUUACUGUAUAAUAAUACAACUGAACUUGAAAUGGAACAGCCAUAUCUUUUUCCUGGCUGUGCAGUAACAAGAUCCAAAGCAAAGAAUAAUGGGGAUGAAUCUUUAGCUUCUUUCAAACCUAACUUGGUAAACCAUGAUAAUCAACCUGUAACAAAGAAAAUAACUGAUAAUUUAAUUUCAAACAUGAUGACACCAGAAAAGUUAAUUGAAGCACAGAAAUGUGAUGAAUCUCUUAUAAGAUGUCAUAAUGAAGCUUGUGAUGGUACAGUUGUUAAAUCUCCUAGUUUUUACUACAAAGAUAACGUACUGAUGAGAUUCUAUCGACCUCCUAAUCUGUCUGUAAAUGAUUCAUGGUCUGAGAAACAUCAGAUUGUCCUGCCACAGUCUAUUAGAAAGAGUGUAAUGGAGAUCGCUCAUGAAGGUUUUGGUGGACAUCUCGGGAUCAGGAAAACUUGUCAGAAAAUCUUAAAUGAUUUCUUUUGGCCUGGACUUAAACAGGAUGUCACUAAGCACAUAAAUUCAUGUCAUGUGUGUCAAGUAGCUGGGAAGCCCAAUCAAACUAUUCCUCCUUAUCCUCUCCAACCCAUUCAGGUCCCAUGUGAACCUUUUCAAAAAAUCAUCAUUGACUGUGUGGGGCCUCUACCAAAAACCACAAAAGGGAAUCAAUAUAUAUUAACUGUAAUGUGUCCCACUACUAGGUAUCCAGAAGCAUUUCCACUUAAAAAUAUUUCUGCUAAGAGUAUUUGUAAAAAUCUUGUACACAUGUUUACAACUUUUGGUAUCCCACAGGAAGUACAGUCUGACAGAGGUAGCAACUUCACAAGUGAACUCUUCUCUAAGGUACUCCAAGAACUGGGUAUUAAGCAGACCCUUUCGACUGCAUAUCAUCCUGAGUCGCAAGGAGCCCUGGAGCGUUGGCACCAAACACUAAAAUCUAUGCUCCGCAAGUUCUGUCUGGAGAAUCAGAAAUGCUGGGAUGAAGGUAAAUGCAAUGUUAUCAAGCAUGAUAUUGAACUAGUGCCAGGUACACUUCCCAUACGGCAAGCACCUUAUCGUCUUAACCCUGAGAAAAAGCAGCAAAUGAGAGAGGAAGUGAACUAUCUACUGCAGAAUGGCUUGGCAGUACCAAGCUCGUCACCCUGGGCUUCUCCAUGUCUACUAGUGCCAAAGGAAGGUGGACAACUUCGUAUGUGUACAGACUAUAGGCGGCUGAAUGUAGUAACUAUUCCUGACUCUUACCCCCUCCCUAGAGUUGAUGAUCUCAUUGAUGCAGUUGGUCAGUCUAAAUAUUUAUCAAAAAUUGAUCUUCAUAAGGGAUUUUAUCAGAUAAUGCUAACUGAAAAGCGUGUUAUGAACUUCACAUUGCAAGGAUUAGAUGGUGUUCAAGUAUACUUAGAUGACAUUUUGAUUCUUUCAGAAACUUGGUCUCAGCACUUAGAAAGUUUGUCGUGUGUUUUGCAGAAAUUACAAGAUGCCAAUUUGACAAUAAGCUAUCCUGAACUACCAAGUUCCAAACACUCGGAAAUCCCUCAUGCGCUUCCUUGGCAUGGUGCUCCGCUGACGCGUCUGACCAGCCAGAAAGUGUCUUUUUCCUGGACUUCAGAAUGUCAGAGGGCUUUCGAGAAGCUGAAGCAGUUCCUUUCUAGCGACCCCGUGUUGGCAGCUCCAAAUUUCCAGAAGCCCUUCAUACUGCACACAGAUGCUAGUGACAUAGCUACCGGCGCCGUCCUCCUCCAAGAAGAUGACGAGGGUGUUCUACAUCCAGUAGCUUACCACUCAGCCAAGCUUUCCAAGCAUCAGCUAGCAUAUAGUACCAUCGAGAAGGAGUUUCUUGGAAUCAUAACUGCAAUCAAGAAGUUCGAGUGUUAUCUGUAUGGUGGUGCUCAUCCUGUUCAGAUCUUCACUGACCACAAUCCGCUGACCUUCCUGGAGAAGAACAAGUACUCCAAUCAACGAUUACUGAGAUGGUCGUUGUCACUUCAGCCUUAUCAUCUCCAGGUACAACACAUCAAAGGGCGUGACAAUAUAAUUGCAGAUGCGCUCUCCAGGCCAUAA